GAUUACAUGGGGGUGAGUAAAUUAUCAGGAAAUUUGAAUUCUGAAGUAAUGAACUAAUUCUUUAACUUGUUAUCCUCUCAAAUCUAAUUUACCAUUCAAACAUGACAUCAAUGUGAAGCCAAAUGUCAUUGGUUCUCAUUUAUCUAAGUUCCUAUUCUGCCUAACAUCUCAUUCACAUUCUCAUUUGAUCUUUUUUUUUAUUUUUUUUUUUUAUUAUCUUUUAUUUGUUGUAGAACAAAAACAAGAAAAGAGGAGUCAUAGUGGGAUUGCUAGAGAGUGCAAAUAGUCCAGUACUUGUAAACCAGUGUAUGAAUGACAGUAAGCCUGUUCCUCAUGACCUCUUAUGACCAGAGGUCAACUCUCUGAAGGAUAAAUCUCAUGGUUUGUGCCAAAAUAUCUCUGCAUUGACAAGCUGUUGUGACAUAUGCCAAGUUAAUUGUAUUGAAUCAAGCUUUGAGUUUGAACACAUUGAUCAUAUGUCAAAUAAAUCAAUCAUCAUACAGUGCAUAUGUUCCUUAUUGCAUAUUGCAUAUCAGGAUUGUGCAUCAUUUGGAAUUUAAUUGAGAAAGCUUUUCAAAUUCCAGUUAAAUUCCUGAUUUGAACUGAGGUAGCAAACAGGAAGCAGAAUUUAAAUUUGAAUUUGAAAGUAAUUCAAAAAGAAAUUCAUAUAACUGCAGUGAGUGUAAUUUUUAACUAGAAAGAGAAUGUUUAUCAAGACAAACUUUGAAUGAUAGCUUGACAACUUCCAGAAAAUCUGAUUGAAAUGUCACCUGUGGAGAUUUGUGCUUAAUUUAUAUCCUUUAUGUACUGUAUAUUUAAUGCAUUUGUUGACUAGGAUGGAAGAAUGCUUAAUUUUCACUUCCUGUAAUUCUAAUUUAACUUCCUGUGAGGUGUGGCCAAUUCACAUUCACACUCAUGAAUUGAAAUGGAGCCAGUUCUUCACUUCUGAAUUCAGUCCUGUUGCAUAGUCCAAAAUGGCAGCAGAAUGUCUUCUACAUUUUCCCAAGUUAAUUUAAUUAAUUGUUUACUGAUGUGACUUCUAUUUCAGAGUUUUAAUGUUGUUCCAGGUGCUAUGUACAAAGUGACACCCAUUGGAACAGACAUAAAUGGAUUCUGCAACAGUAUAAUAAUACCCCCCCCCCCCCCAAGCAAAUCCAGAAAUGGUUAUCUAAAAGGGUUAAGAAGAUGUCCAGUGUGUUAAACCCUAGAUCUUUACCAGUGCAAGCAAGAAAGCCCUCAAAAAUUGCAUUGUUGUAGCAAGUCGAAGCAAAAAUUCUCCAGGUCGAUGUGAGAGACCAAUAAACAAUUAGACAAAAAGCCUGCAAGUGAUUUCCUGCCAAUUACGGCUAAGACCAGCUAAUAGUUUGCUAUUUUUGGAUAGUUUUGUCGAGCAAAUUAGUUUUAUGGUGGUUUUGUUGGUGACUCAGCUUAUACCAGUGUGUGUGAGAUAUGAAUUCAGCUGUCGAUCACUGGUGACCAUGUACAAUCUUUUAUUCAUUCAGCCCUCAGGUGAUAAGAGGAACAUACUUAAAACAGCAGUCACAAACUCCCAGAGUGCAACUGUGGAAAUAGAAUGGUUAGUACAUUUGGUCAGGCCAUUGGCAUGUUAAAAGCUUGAUGAGUGCCUUCUCUCUGAUUAUUGCUGCUCGUCCUUUUAAAGUUCAGCUUUAAGAUAGAAUCUAACAGUGUUUUUCCUUUAUUUUGCUCUUCAUUCUUGAAUUUCUUCAUGGUGCGUCUCAAUGGUACUGCUUUUCUUUAUGUUACUCAUUGGUUGCCUUGUUAACAAAUAGCUAAACCGCAUCUGUCUCAUCCAGGUAUGUCUGGUAAUCAAUCACGCAGAGGUAUGUGAAAUAUAAAGCAAUUUUUGUUAUUGCAUUAUCCGUCUGCCUUUUAUUCAAGGACUUGUUUUGGAUAUGCUACCUACACAUAACAAUGGAUUCAGAGGAUGCCGUUUAGUAAUUUACAUGCAGAAAUAUGCAGAAUAAUAUGCUAAUCCUCACGCUCAGCAUAUUUGCUAUAAUGGAGAGCCUGUAAACAGGAUCCAGACAUUACAAUAUUUGCAAAAGUCAGAAUUUGAAUGCAUAUACACACUCCGUCUGGUCUAUGUGUACAGUUCUGAAAGCUGUUUUUAUUGUCCAUUGGUCAGCAUUCGAGUGCAAACGACAUUUGACGUCAAUCGAAAUGCAUCUAUUAAAAAAGAGACCCUGCAAUAGCUACAUAUAAACAAGUAUUAUGUCUUUUAGUCCCAACCUCCCCUUGGGACAUUGAUUGGAUAUUGAUUUAAUUCUUUGAGAAAGAUAUCUAUCCCAGACCGUUCAGCCAUUGUUAUGGUAAUUCGUUUCCCUUGAGCAUCAUAGUGGCCCAUAAUCUCGUAUCACUUAACCCUGGAUUUGCAAGUGGGCUGUGAAGGGAUCCCUGAACUAUUAACCCUCAAAAUACAAUGCACAUUGGUAUUGAUUGAUUGAACCUCAGUCCAUAAAUCAAGUCGGUUUAAUGACCGACGCGUUUGUUACUGGUCACUCAAAUGGUUUCUUCUCAAAUCUCUUGUUAAACUCCAGGUAAAUUAAGAUGCAGGUUUAGUAGGGAAAAUGAAAAUGUGCUUCCCUGCAAAACCAACCUCCUCAGAUACAAUCUCAUAGCACAGAUGGUUGCUUCUCUGCAACUACCUGUAGCUGAAAUACAGCAUUGCACAUUGAGAGCUUUUCCUUUCAUACAAAACCUGGAGUCGAAGCACCCCCAGCCCCGCUAGCACCCUCCCCCAUGCUUCUCGCACACACACACACACAGGCUGUGGCGGAGCAGACGCUCAGCAGUGGGAUGGAUCCUGACUACUAAAGAGCAACGGAGAGAGAGGAGGGGUGGCAAGCAGCCGGCAGAGGUGCAUAAAUCCUCAUUUCCAGAUCUGGAGGAAGAAACGUUCAUUGUCUGCGGUGAGACCACCACAUUGGCUUUCCAAAACAUCAAGAGGCAGCGCACCCCGCAGUUCGCCGUGAAUCCAGGAGAGACGAGGAACCCGGCUGAGGCUGUCAAACGCAGAGGUGGGCUAGGAGGAGGUCUAUGACCCUUGAUUUUCAGCAGGGGAGUGGCACAGGGGGGACGUAGCCGGCGGCGAGCAACAGACGCUUCGGCUCUUGUAAUCUUCCCAUUCAAGAAUCCAUUCCAUGCCAUUGUCAUAGCGAUGUAAAGCCAUUCCGUGCCGACUGGAGGAGGCACGCUCCAAUCAACUGUCCGUUGUGUUUACAUUUCCACAAUUCCUCUGUUUUUCAUCAGUGCCUAUUGCUUUCCCUUCACUUCUUUGUGCUUUGUCCCUCAGAACCCGGACGGCGUCACUCCUGUCUUUUCAUGUGACUUGGUCUUUUUGGAGCUGUCAUUGUGUUUGGUUCUGCAUGGAAUGACAGCUGCUUUUUCAGAGACAGCGGAAGAGGUCGCAGAUGGAGUGAGGACUACCACUCGUUGGAAAGCUACCUAAAGAGCCUCUUCAAAGACUUGCUGCUUUUCCAAGUGUUUAGACUUGCCUCAUUUGCACACUUUCUACCAGUAGUUUUCAGUGGAUACCAAUGACAGCCAUGAAGGGAGACUCCGAAGACAGCAUCGAAAGCACGAGGCCAUCCAGCCUCCAAGUUUUCGCCAACUCCUCCACGUUACAUGGCAUGAGCCACAUAUUUGCCUACGGGCACAUGACGUUUCGUCGCUUCCUUUGGUCACUGUCCUUCUUGGGCUCUCUGGGUCUGCUGAUGUUUGUGUGCAUGGACCGAGUGUACUACUACUUUGAGUUCCCUCAUGUCACCAAACUUGAUGAGGUGGCGGCGCCCAACCUCACGUUCCCGGCCAUCACCUUCUGCAACCUCAACGAGUUUCGUUUCUCAAAGAUCACAAAGAACGAUCUGUACCACGUUGGGGAGCUGCUGGCACUGCUCAACGAGAACUAUCAGAUCGCUAACCCUCACUUGGCCGAGCCGGAAGUCCUCGCUUUGUUGAAGGACAAGGCUAAUUUUGCCAACUUCAAGCCCAAGCAGUUCAACAUGACGGAUUUCUACAACCGCACAGGCCACGAUAUCAACGAGAUGCUCUUGCAGUGCACCUUCAGAGGGGAGGAUUGCUUCCCUCUAAACUUCACCACUAUUUACACCAGAUACGGGAAAUGUUACACAUUCAACUCUGGUCUAGAUGGAAACCCCUUGUUGACGACUUUAAAAGGCGGAACGGGAAAUGGGCUGGAAAUCAUGCUGGAUAUUCAACAGGAUGAGUACUUGCCAGUUUGGGGUGACACAGACGAAACCUCAUACGAAGCAGGCAUCAAAGUUCAGAUCCACAGUCAGGAUGAGCCGCCCUUCAUAGAUCAGCUGGGAUUUGGUGUGGCCCCUGGUUUUCAAACUUUUGUGUCUUGUCAGCAGCAACUGCUCCAGUAUCUUCCUCCUCCGUGGGGCGACUGCAGAUCCGCCCCGAUGGACUCCGAAUACUUCUCCACCUACAGCAUCACAGCCUGUCGCAUCGACUGUGAGACCCGCUACCUGCUAGAAAACUGCAACUGCAGAAUGGUGCACAUGCCAGGCACCUCUACCGUCUGCACGCCCGAGCAGUACAAAGACUGUGCUGAUCCAGCUUUAGAUUUUCUUGUGGAGAAGGACAACGAUUACUGCGUUUGCGAUACGCCAUGCAACAUGACUCGAUACGGUAAAGAGCUGUCCAUGGUGAAGAUACCCAGCAAGGCUUCUGCGAAAUAUCUUGCCAAGAAGUUCAACAAAACAGAACAGUACAUUGCGGACAACAUACUGGUGCUGGAUAUCUUUUUUGAGGCUCUGAACUAUGAGAAAAUUGAACAAAAGAAGGCCUAUGAAGUUGCUGGAUUACUUGGUGAUAUUGGUGGUCAGAUGGGUCUGUUUAUAGGAGCCAGUGUCUUGACAAUAUUGGAGAUAUUUGAUUAUUUGUAUGAGGUUUUUAAGGACAAAGUGCUGGGAUAUUUUCUACGCAAGAGACGGCCACAUCGGAGCGCUAGUGACAAUCUGGAUUUCCCCGAGAAUUCCACCAGCCCUGGUGUCACGCCUAACCAUGUCCCCAGCUUUCAAGAUGGAGAUGAUGUUUUGCAGAAGUUCAGAGCACAUGCGACACACUCCGGAGUCACUCGGACAGUCUCGGAUUCGCGCCGAACGUGCUACCUAGUCACCCGGCUAUAGGCAACUUCGAGGAAUUCGCUUGUUGAUGACGCAGGCGACGGGACCCCGAGGGGACGGUUUAGGAUAUGA